GAAAAAAAAGAGCGACUGCCCGACGGCGGAGAACGCGAGUGACGCGGUGUCCGAGUCAUUGAUCCCGACACAUUCCCGGCGAGACGACGCGAUAUGGCAGGGCCAGUGCCUGCGCCAGCGCUCGUUCCCGAGCCGCUGGUACCGCCGCUCGCGCUCGGUAUCUUCAUCGCUUGUGCCGCCGGCGGCGCCGCCCUCGCCAACUGUGCUGUGUUAGCCGCACUGCUUAAGCGCUCAAGAAACGGCAUAUUUUCAGUUAUUCUACAUUUGGCUGUAUCAGACCUUAUUCUACUUGGAACAACGAUAGGGCCAGAAUUAUGGUCUAUCAACGCAAGAACUUGGACAUUCGGAAACAGCGGCUGCGUAGCUUAUCAAGGGCUCAAUGUUUUUACUUCAACAGCAUCGUCGUACUUAAUAGGCACAGUAACGCUACAUACUCUCGUUACUAUUCGUCUUGAGGAUAAAAUAGCACUCAAAAGAAGUAGACGUGGCCGUAAUGAAGAUGAAGAAAUGAAAACGUCGCAACACAGCUUAGUAGCCAAUAGUGAUUCGUCUACCCCGCCGCGAACUAUGAAUGUAAACUAUCUGUUCUCUGAUACUAGAGUGCCAGUUACUCUACCAACGGUUUUCGUUUGGAUUCUAGCUGCUUCACUUAGCAUUCCUGAGUUCGUUUUAAGCUCAAUCCUUCGUGAAGGGAAAGCAUUACUUUGUACAUUGGAUUCUAGUCACAGUUUAAACGUUCAUACGAUGCUGCUAGUUUUUAGUUUUUUCCUACCAAUGUUUAUCAUGUGUACGAUGAGUGUUCUUAUAGUCUUUAAAUUAAAAUCGAGGAAAAUAACUCGCACCACAAACGCUUCAGAAUCUUUGUCGGCGUUAAAAUUAGCGUUAUGGUUUGUGAUGAUUUAUUUUUUAUUUAGCGCCCCUCGUUCUGUCAUGAAUGCUUAUCAUAUUUACUCGUGGAAGGAAUCUUCUUCAAUGGCAGUAAACAAUUUAUUUGAAAACGACAUAACAACAUUGCUGAGACUUGCAUUUAGUAGCGCCUAUCUGUUAGCAACCCUUGUAAGACCCUUUUUGUGUAUUAUUAUUCUGCCACAACUUCGAAAGAUUUUUUCUAUAACAUCUAACAAUCUUAAUAGUUGUUAAGUUUUAUACAUAAAUAGAACAUUAGUGUGAAGAUCUCAUCAUAAACUAUAGAUAUGUAUUAGUUAUUGAUUUCGUUUAAAGGCAAAUAAAAUUAUUGGUAAACUAACAAUAAACAAUAUAGGUACUUAAUUUAUAAUCUUUUUUAAACUUUAAUUAGUUUUUCCUUAAUAGUAACAUUCAUUAGAUGCAAUAAUAUAUUUUUCUCAAUAUAUAUUCAUUUCAAGAUCCUAAUUUCAAUAUUACAUAAUACUCAAGCUGUAGUAAUCCUUUCUAGUUGCCCAA